UGACAUUGUUGCUGGGCAGAGAAAACAAAAACAAUCGAGACUUGGAAGUUGCAGCUGGGACUAGGUUUGAGUGAACACAGUAGCGGACCGCUUUGUGCACCAUGGCGACCGAAAUCGAAGCUUGGCUUAACGCUAACCACGUAGCAGCCGAAGCUUUGAGUGACUCCAGUCCGUCUGGUGAAGACGAGAAGGUGGAGACCACCAAGCUGGACAAUGAGAUGAAUGGGAACUGGAUCACCUCUCCCACAGUUACCAUCCACGAAGCGCGGGUGAAGGCCAAGGCCAAGAGGCGGCUGAGGAAGAACUCCUCCCGAGACUCUGGCCGGGGGGACUCCCUCAGCGAUAACGGGGAGAGCACCCGCAGCCCGCUGGUCACCCCUACCAGCCCCAAGAGCAAGCUGCUGGACAGAAAGUCCCGGUCUGGGAAGGGCAGGGGACUGCCGAAGAAAGGUGGCGCUGGAGGUAAAGGAGUUUGGGGCCCUCCUGGCGAGGUGUAUGACCUUGAAGAAAUCGAUGUCCGAGACCCAAAUUAUGAUGAAGAUCAGGAGAACUGUGUCUACGAAACUGUGGUCCUUCCACUGGAUGAGGGGGCCUUUGAGAAGACUGUGACACCGAUUGUGCAGGAGUACUUUGAGCAUGGGGAUACUAAUGAAGUUGUAGAGCUGCUGAGUGAGUUGAAUUUGGGAGAGAUGAAGAGUGGUGUGCCAUUGCUGGCAGUGUCCCUGGCCUUAGAGGCCAAAGCCAGCCACAGAGAGCUGACCUCCCAGCUGCUGACUGACCUGUGUGGGAAGGUGCUCAGCCCUGAUGAUGUGGAGAAAUCAUUUGACAGGUUGCUGAGGGAGCUGCCGGACCUAGUCUUGGACACGCCUGGGGCUCCACAGCUUGUUGGCCAGUUCAUUGCACGAGCUGUUGGGGAUCAAAUCCUGUCCAGAAAUUACAUUGAGAGCUACAAAGGCAAAGUGGACUGUGAACAUGCCAGAGCAGCCCUGGACCGAGCAGCAGUGCUGUUAAAAAUGAGCAAGGGAGGUCUACGCAUAGAGAACGUGUGGGGAACAGGAGGAGGCCAGAGGCCUGUCAAACAGCUCAUAAAAGAGGUUAACUUGCUUCUGAAGGAGUACCUGUUGUCAGGAGAAGUAAUGGAAGCAGAACGGUGUCUCAGGGAACUAGAAGUGCCUCAUUUUUACCAUGAAUUUGUCUAUGAAGCUAUAGUCAUGGUCUUGGAAUCGAAAGGAGAGACGACCCUCAAAAUGAUUUUACAGCUACUCAAGUUUCUGUGGGAAUCCUCUGUCAUCACUGUAGACCAGAUGAGUAGGGGAUUUCAACGGAUUUAUGCAGAAAUCCCAGAAAUUAACAUUGAUGUUCCAUGUGCUUAUUUGGUGCUGGAGCAAUUUGUGGAGCAGAGUUUCAGUGCUGGCAUUAUUGGCAAAAGGCUGAGAGACCUUUGUCCUUGCAGGGGACGGAAAAGAUUUGUAAGCGAAGGAGAUGGAGGACGCCUUAAACUUGAAAGCUGCUGAAGGGAAACCAUGGAAAGCUCUUUGUACCAGUUGUACUCGGAAUCAAGGAGAUGUUUUUACACUUCAUAUUCUUCUUGUAACGGUUUAGGUACAACUACUUUCCUGUAUAGAAUGUUUUUUUUUUUUUGGAGGGGAGAUAAAAAAGGCACUUAUGUUGGAUAAAAUGCAGGACUUGGAAAGGACAUCCUUUGGGAUAUUCUGAAUUUAGCUCACUCUGAAAGUGCCAGAUCUUCAAUUACCUAGUCAUUCCAUGUUUUGCAAUUUCACUGCCACUCCUUUUUCCUGACAGCAGUGUUUGUCUGAAGCUUUAUACUGGGGAUACGGUACAAGUGCCCCCUCUGUUGGCUGCUAUUGUUCAUAUACUGUGCUUAUUUUUUUUUCUCUUCAAAGAUUUAAGAGAAGUUAAAUUUGAAAUGGAACAAAGAAAUUCUAAAGCAUUUAAGGAACAUUUCACAAAAUGGUGUCUGGAACAUCUAUUUUUGUAUUUUGGAACACUGGAAAGUGGAAUGUACCUAGGGUCUCGCUCAGUGUUAAUGUCGAAAAUAAAAAUCAGAAAUACUGAAAAGCAUAA